AUGGCCCGGCCGGUGGCGGCACCCCACGUCUGGGGGUGGCUCGUGCUCGGCAGCUGCCUCCUCGCCGGAGCCCAGCUGGAUUCUGAUGGCACCAUCACGAUAGAAGAGCAGAUUGUCCUGGUGUUGAAAGCCAAAGUACAGUGUGAACUCAACAUCACAGCUCAGCUCCAGGAAGGAGAAGGAAAUUGUUUCCCAGAAUGGGACGGACUAAUUUGUUGGCCCAGAGGAACAGUGGGAAAAAUAUCUGCUGUCCCAUGCCCUCCUUAUAUUUAUGACUUCAAUCAUAAAGGAGUUGCAUUUCGACACUGUAAUCCCAAUGGGACAUGGGAUUUUAUGCACAGCGUAAAUAAAACAUGGGCCAAUUACUCAGAAUGCCUUCACUUUCUGCAGCCCGACAUGGGUGUAGGAAAGAAAGAAUUCUUUGAACGCCUCUAUGUCAUGUACACCGUUGGCUACUCCAUAUCCUUUGGAUCCCUGGCUGUAGCUAUCCUCAUCAUUAGUUACUUCAGGCGAUUGCAUUGCACCAGGAACUACAUCCAUAUGCAUUUAUUUGUGUCCUUCAUGCUGAGAGCUGCGAGCAUCUUUGUCAAGGACAGAGUGGUGCAUGAUCGCAUAGGAGUAAAGGAGCUGCAGUCCAUGGUCAUGCAGGCCGACCUACAGCAUUCCAUCGAAGCACAUGCUGUGGACAGAUCACAAUAUAUUGGGUGCAAGAUUGCUGUUGUGAUGUUCAUUUACUUCUUGGCUACCAAUUACUAUUGGAUCCUGGUGGAAGGUCUCUACCUGCAUAGUCUCGUCUUUGUGGCUUUCUUUUCGGACAGCAAGUAUCUGUGGGGCUUCAUCCUGAUAGGCUGGGGGUUUCCAGCAGUAUUUGUUGCAGUCUGGGCUGUGGCACGAGCAACCCUGGCUGAUGCAAGGUGCUGGGAACUUAGUGCUGGAGAAAUUAAAUGGAUUUAUCAAGCUCCAAUCCUAGCAGCUAUAGGGCUGAAUUUUAUUCUCUUUCUGAAUACAGUUAGAGUUCUGGCUACCAAAAUUUGGGAGACCAAUGCAAUUGGCCAUGAUACCAGAAAGCAAUACAGGAAACUUGCCAAGUCCACGCUGGUCCUGGUGCUGGUGUUUGGCGUGCAUUACAUCGUGUUUGUGUGCCUGCCCCACUCCUUCACAGGCCUGGGCUGGGAGAUCCGCAUGCACUGCGAGCUCUUCUUCAACUCCUUCCAGGGCUUCUUUGUGUCUAUAAUCUACUGCUACUGCAAUGGAGAGGUGCAGUCUGAGGUGAAGAAGUUGUGGAGUCGAUGGAAUCUCUCCAUUGACUGGAAAAGCGCGCCCCCUUGUGGCAGCCACAGGUAUGGCUCGGUGUUCACCACCAUGACGCACAGCAGCAGCAGCCAGUCGCAGACGGCAGGCAGCACGCGCAUGGUGUGCAUCUCCAACAAAAUGCCCAAGACUGUCAGCAGACAGCCCGACAGCCACGUGACCUUACCUGGCUUCGUCCGGAGUAACUCAGAGCAGGACUGCCUGCCACCCUCCAUCCACGAGGACUCCAGAGAAGGUGAAGGGAGCCAGGGAGGUGACAUUCCAAUGAAAGAGUCUUCUUCUAGACCAAUGGACUUUUGCCUGGAUGCUGAAGGAAGCAAAGGAGAAACAGAAGAUGUUCUCUGA